AUGACAACGUACGGCACAACCACCAACGGCUCGUCCGUAGCCAACGGUGCAAACGGUGCAAACGGUGCCACCGGCGAUGAAGAGCAGCCUCUACUGCGCAGCAAGCCCGCUCCCCGAUCCGUCGUCUCCAGGCUUCGAAAGCAGAUGACGGCCGAGGUGUCGCGAUCCUGGGCUGACAUCGUGCUGCUGCUGUGCUACGUAGUGACGGGGCUGCUGGACAGCGCUUCCACUCAGGUCUGGGGCGCAUUCGUUUCCAUGCAAACAGGAAACACUGUCUACGUUGGAUUGGGCAUCGCAUCUCUCAUCUACCCUCCUACCAAUGCGCGUCUCUACAAAUCUGGAAUCUCGCUGGCCUGUUUCUGCAUUGGCUCGCUCCUCUUCGCCCGCUUCCACCGUUACUUUUCGCCCAAGCGGAGAUGGGUGCUCUGCGUGUCUUUUGCCGCUCAGACACUGUUCAUCGUUGCGGCCGCGCUCAUCGUAACCCUCACAACUCCAUCUGAAGACAAGGACCAUGUCGGCUGGACCGUUCUUGCGCCCCUUGCGCUCGUUGCCUUCCAGAGCUGCGGCCAGGCCGUGACGAGUCGCGCGCUCAAGUAUAACGCCCUCACCAGCGUUGUCCUGACCAGCAUCUACUGCGACCUUUUCUCCGACCAGGACCUCUUUGCCUUCCAGAACGUCGAAAGGAACCGUCGCGCCGCUGCGCCCACGCUGCUACUGAUUGGUGCUGUCUUGGGCGGCAUCUUCUCUCACAGCUCUCUGGGUAUUGCAGGCGCGCUGUGGACUGCUGCCAUUCUCAAGGCCAUCAUGGUCAUCACCUGGUUUUUCUGGCCUGCUGAGCCUUCAGACGACGAGGAAUAG